AUGUCUUUUCGUGGCCUGGCCCGUGACCUGAGGGACAGUAUCGGGAGCCUGUCGAGAAGGAGCUUUGACUUUAGGCUUCGUGGGAAGUCCCAUGCGGCUGUUUAUGAGUUGCACGAUCAUCAGCCCGAAGUGGUUCAGAGCAGUUGUUGGGCUGGGCUUCCGCUGGAGCUUCUUCGUGAUGUGAUCCAAAGGCUGGAGGAGAAUGAGAGCACAUGGCCCGCACGAAAGCACGUUGUUGCUUGUGCGGCAGUUUGCCGCUCGUGGAGGGAUAUGUGCAAGGAACUCGUUCGGUGUCCAGAGUUUUCAGGAAAAUUAACCUUCCCAAUAUCUCUCAAGCAGCCUGGAUAUCGAGAUGGGACUAUUCAGUGUUUCAUUAAGAGGAACAAAUCUAACUCAACCUACCAUCUAUUUCUUUGCCUUAGCCCGGCCUUACUUGUGGAAAACGGCAAAUUUCUUCUGUCUGCAAAACGGAUUCGCAAGACCACUUGUACAGAAUAUGUGAUUUCAAUGGAUGCUGAUAACAUAUCACGGUCUAGUAGCAGUUACCUCGGAAAAGUGAGGUCACCUCCGCCACCAAACGCCGCCAGCUCAGCUCCGGGCCGCACGAGCCGCCGUUUCAACUCCAAGAGGGUCUCCCCGAAGCUUCCUGUCGGGAAUUACGGCAUUGCCCAAGUUGCUUACGAGCUCAACGUGCUCGGCACGCGGGGCCCGCGCCGCAUGCACUGCGUGAUGCGCUCGAUCCCCGCCUCAGCAGUCGAGCCCGGCGGGUCGGUCCCGGCCCGGGCCGAAAACCUCCUCAUGGGCCCACUGGACUCGGACUCCUUCAGAAGCGUCUCUUUCAACAAGUCGGAGUUCGGAAGCGCUCGGUUUUCUGACAUGUCGGGCCCGCUCAAUGAUGAUGACAACAAAAGUAAUUGUGGCGAGAGGCCUUUAGUGUUGAAGAACAAGCCGCCCAGGUGGCACGAGCAGCUUCAGUGCUGGUGCCUGAAUUUCCGGGGGAGGGUGACGGUGGCCUCCGUCAAGAAUUUCCAGCUUAUCGCCGCUGGUCCACCCGCACCGCCACAGCAGCAGAAUGGGCCCUCCUCGUCUUCUUCUUCGGACCACGACAAGAUUAUACUGCAGUUUGGGAAGGUGGGUAAAGAUAUGUUCACGAUGGACUAUCGAUACCCGUUGUCUGCGUUUCAGGCUUUCGCUAUAUGUUUGAGCAGCUUUGAUACAAAAUUGGCAUGUGAAUAG